AUGAGUGACCAUAUACCCUUUUUUUGUUCAACCAAUAUGGGCAAAAAGUCAUCAAAAAAGUUGAAUAAAAGUUUGAUGACAACGACAUACGUUCGACGUUCGACCAGAGGAAAUGGCAAAGAAAAUAUUGCCGUUCAGAUCGAAAAUCUAUUUAAACAACAAAUUAUUAUCGCUUCUGAGACAUCCUUAGCCACGCCUCCAUCUUCACCAGUGACGUCAUUAUCAUUAUGUUCAAAAAAUAGAGUGUCACGAACAAAACGUUUAAAUCGGCGCCGUCAUUUUCAUCGAAAAAUGUUAUCCAUGAAACAUGCUUUAAUAGCUCGACAAUCACAAGCUGCUAAAUAUAUUCAAUAUUUUCGACAAAAACAAAUAAAAAAACGAAAACAAGAAUUAAAAAAGAAGAAGCAACAAAAAAUUGAAGUUAUAGACGAUAGAAAUGAAACUGAAAGUGAACAUGAUAUUCAGGUUCCAAGAUCACGAUUCAACGAAUGCUCCUUUUCGAUAGAUGUAGCAAAUAUUCUUCCUUUUAUUGGAAGACGAAAAAGCGUUCAGCCAACAGUCGUACCGGCUACUACCUGUGAUGAAGAGGGUGAAAAAAACUUCAAUGAGAAGAAAAGUUAUAAAUGCGCUACAAAACUAAGUGUUGAUAAAACUGCUGAUGUAUCGUCGAAUCUACCAAUAUUAAUAUCGUCAUCAAAAAAAUUGAUAACAACAAAAAUAAAUGUUCGUAAAUUAUUAGUAAUGUUGUAUAAACAUUUGAUGAAUGCUCAUGGUCGAAAUUUUCCAACAUUAAUGAUUCAACAGCAGCUCAAAACAACGAAACCAAAAACUUUUCAUUGUGAUGUAUGUCAAGAAAUUUUUAAAAAUGCCACCAUUCUAAGAGCUCAUAAGACGAGUAGUCAUGACCAGGAUAAUUUAUUAGCAACACAAGAGCAUCACAAUGUAUCAAUUCAAGUUGAUCUUAUUGAAGAUGAUAAUAAUUCAUUGUUUGAUGAAAGUACAAAAAUUGAUACGCCGCCUGAGAAAAAGAAUGAACAGUCACAAAUGCAAUUAUUUAUGGAAUAUACACAGACAAAUUCACAAAUUACUCUAACAGAAGAUCAAGCGAAACGUUCAAUUGUUUUGUGCUCGUCAUGUUUAGAAGAUGCACAACUGGACGAUGUUGAACGUUUUUUGGAUAUGUUUAACUUGGAAUAUUCUGAAGACGUGACAUUAUCAACAACUCAUUUAAUAACAUGUGAUAAUUAUAAACCUUAUAUUUGUCCAUUAUCUGUUAAAGUUAUUAAAGCUAUUGCUCAUCACUGUUAUAUCGUUAGUUAUCGUUGGAUUCAAGAAUGUUUGCAACAAUCACGUCUUCUGACCUGUGAACCGUUUGAGAUGCGUGGAGAUGAAUCUGAAUCGUGGGUUGAACAUAAUGGAAUGAAACGAUCACGACUAUAUUUAGAAAAAUAUUCAUUAUUUAAAGAUUUUACGUUCAUUUUAAAAUGUAAUAGCUGCCAAUAUAUUAUGAGUCGUCUAGAAUUAGAAAAUAUUAUUCGACAAUGUGGAGGAAAAAUUGAACAAAAAAUAACAAAACAAAUAUUAGGAAAAUUAGCAGUAACAACUGUACAACAAAAUCAUCCACCGACAAAUCAUCGAAUUGUUGUUCUAUGUGAACAUUCUUAUUUGAUUGGAAAACAACGUCUAUAUGAGAAACUAAAAAAAUUGGGUAUUCAAUUUUUAGCACCUGAAUGGAUUAUUGAGUCAAUUACCGAAUAUCGAUUAAAAUCGUUCGUUAGUUAUGAAGAAGAACCAUAA